UACUAUACGUAAAGGAGCCGAGUCGUCGUUUGUUCGUGUGCAAGUCGUGUGUGCAGUUGCUGCCUGGCUACGGUGACUUCGUGCGCAUGCUAGUCAAAGGCGCUGUGACGAUCUUCGCCCAUUGGCAGCGCCUUCGUAAGCACCGUUCUGCCAAACGUAAGGAUCGUUCUGAGUGUGCGCUAUCCUGAUGAUCAGUAUCCUGCUGGAGUUGAACGCGCGUGGUCGUGUGUUGUGCGCGCUGCAAAAGAACCGCUAAAGCAUGCAAGCGUAUAUUUCGUACUAAGAGUUUUGUUUACGAAUUGCAGAAUUCGUUAAGCGUUGUGAAACCAAAACGACAAAAAACAUGCCAAAAAAUUUAUAAAAUGCUGAAGCACUACUAAACGAUUGAAGAAAAAUGUUUUUGAGAAAUUUUGUGCAAUAAAGAGCAAAAGAAAAAGCACUGCGCUUAAGUCGCUUGUGUAGACCAAAGUUUUCUGUUAAGUGUUGUGAUUGGAGAUUUUAAUUUAACCAUUUUAAACCGCUGUGUGCGCAUGUGUCGCUAAUUAAAAAAAUACCAAAAAUUUUUGUUGCUGUUAAAAGUGCUUUUCGAGUACGAAAUCGUUAAAUAAGUGGAUAAACAGAAACUUGCAAUUGUUUGAACUACAAAAAUGGAUUACAAAAACGAUUAUCAUUCGGACGAUGACUUCGAUUGCUCUAACGGUUAUAGCGACAGUUAUAACGGUGCCAACGGCAGCGGACAGGGUCAAAUGUCCAAUCCGCAUGGACUAUCGAAAGCCGAGCUGAGAAAGACGAACAAGCCAAUUAUGGAGAAGCGACGGCGAGCGCGCAUAAAUCACUGCCUGAACGAGCUGAAAUCACUAAUCCUGGAAGCAAUGAAGAAAGACCCCGCCCGUCACACUAAACUGGAGAAGGCCGACAUUCUGGAGAUGACGGUGAAACACUUGCAAUCCGUUCAGCGACAACAGCUCAACAUGGCCAUUCAAACCGAUCCGACCGUGGUGCACAAAUUCAAGACCGGCUUCAUAGAAUGCGCCGAGGAAGUCAAUCGUUACAUUAACCAACUGGACGGCGUUGAUGCUAUGGUUCGCCAGCGUCUCACCAAUCACCUCAACAGCUGCGCCAGUAACUUGGAGCAACUGGGCUCGAUGAGCAAUUUUAAUAAUGGCUAUCGCGGUCAACUAGGCAUCGGCAUGUCUGCCCCGAGCAGUCUGUUUGGUGCCGCUUUGGCCGCUAAUCCAUUAGCAAUGGCUGCUGCUGGCGCGCCUGCAGCGCUUUUUCCGCCGAUGCCACAAGACCUAAACAACAACAAUAACAACAAUGGCAGUUUCGGCAACAAUCUCACCGCAGCUGCGUCGGCCAUGCCACCGGUACAAAUGGGUGGCGUACAAUUGAUACCAUCGCGUUUGCCAUCCGGCGAAUUCGCACUCAUUAUGCCGACCACAGCGCAUGCGAAUAUUGUGAGUAAUAACAACAAUGCCGUACCAUUUGUGAACUUUCCGCACGGCCGAAGUGCCGCUGCGGCAAUAUCUCCAGCGGCGAGCGCAACAACAGGCACUGCAGCACCCACAGCCAUGCCCGCAACAGGCAUCCCCAUCAACGACUUUGCGGCGAACUACAAGCGUUUGAGCGCCUUCAGCAGACCGCCAGUUGCGCCAACGCAACUGCAGGUGAACGCAGCCGCUCCAGUCAAUGGCGCUCAGCUGAAUAACAAUGUCGGCUUCUUGGCUGCAAGCGCACUGCAAACGCAGCAACAGCAACAACGUGCUGCAGCACCCGCACACCAACUGCACCACCAAAGCUCCACAGCCACCAACAGCCCGCCGCUCAGUCCCAUCUCAUCGGUGUCUAGCCAGGGCGAAGACUCACUCAUGCACACCAGCUCCGACUUCACUGGCUCGCGUCCAGCCACACCACCGCUCGACGUGACCGGCGACCACCAGCAGGAGCACAGUUUCUCCGGUGUUUUUUCCACACCAACCAGCGCCGAGUCAUCCCUGCUAACCAGCUCCGCUGCAUCGCUUUCGUCAGCUGCCAGCAGCACUGCCAAAUUGUCACUGCAUUUGCAACAGCAACAGGUGUCCUCCACCAGCGGCAGCGCCGGCAACAGUUGCAACACUAGCACCAGCAGUCUCGGCCUCUGUGGCAACAACAACGAUUGCAGCGACAGUGGCGUCGAAUUGAACGGUUCAUUGAAACGCUCGCUAGACGACGAAGCGGACUCGAGCGAUGCGUGCGAGACACCAGCCAGCAAAAAAAUUGCCUUGGACUUGCCGAAACGCAAUGAGACGUCAUCGGAGGCCACUUUGGUUAAGCAAAAGCACAAAUUGCAGGAGCUGAAAGAAGACGGCGAUAAUAUGUGGCGACCGUGGUGAAGCGCUGAGCUGGUCGACUUUGUCUGGCGCAAAGUGCGAUUUAGAGACGGCAAAGCUGCGGUGCUGUGUGCUUCAAACGACGAAGCUGUCAACUAUUCGUGCUGAAUAGCUGACCAACUUAACGGUUUUUUGAUGAAUUUGAAGUAAUUUAUCGAGAUUUUUCAGUGCAACAACAACUAUUUUGUUUUCUGUUCACACACUUGUCAAUGUUAAGUUUUAAGGUUUUUCUUUGCCAAUUUAAUUUUUGACGUUUGUUUUUGAAUGUUUUGUACAUGUAUUAGUGUUGAAAGUAAUUUUUGAAAAGGAACACGGCAAACUCGCAUUUUAGUCUUAUGGUCAAUAGAAAGAGGCAGAUGUAAGCCAACGCCCAUGUACAUACUCGUAUAUACCAACGCGUACGUCGUCACUUUAAGUUUUGCAUAUUUUGUUUUUGUGCUUCAUCUAAUUGUGAAGAGAUUAUUUAUGUUUUAAGUCUCGUCUAAGGUUGUUCAAAUUUGUCAUAUGUUUAUGUGUAUAUAUUAUAUAGAUUUAAUGGAUAUUUUCAUUUUGAUGUUUUGAUUAACUUAGCGAGUAAUACCAAAUAAGUCAAAUAUUUUAAUUUUAAUCAAUUUUAUCUUCUCUUUUUUUUUUUGUUUGUUCUGACGACCAAUACAAGGCAGCCAAUUUAACAUUAUUGAAAAUUCAAACUGAAAUACAGUUAGAAAUUAAUGUCAGCGCACAUUGACUGCUGCAUGUUUAAGUCAUUUCUUUUGUUAAGCAUACUUUUAGGAUAUACACGUGAUCAUAUUUUAAGAAAAGAGCGUUUAUGAAAUUAUAAUCUUAUAUUUCAUUAAAUAUUUGAGAAAUGAUUAUUCUUAUUACAAUGCAUUGUAUUUUGAAUUCUAUAUGAGAGACAUGCAAAUAUUAUUGUAAAUAAAUUUAAUUCUUUUGAGAGCAUUCAUUUGCCAAGAAAAAUGGAGAGUAAAGUAGAGCAAUUAAUUCCUCAAUUUGUACUUUAAGAAUGGACGUGUAAACAAACCAAAA